AUGGAGUUCCCUAUUCCAUAUCCUGUUUCUUUCCUAAUUAUCCUUUUGACAUCUCUGCUAUUGAUCACAGUUAGGAGGUUUAGAGCUGCUGCUGCUGCCAAUGCCAAGGGUCCUAAACCACCUACAGCGGCGGGCGGGUGGCCUCUAACAGGUCACCUUCACCUAUUCAGAGCUCCCCAGCUUCCUCCCCAUAUAACCUUGGGAGCCUUGGCUGAAAAGUACGGACCAAUCUUCACCGUCAAUAUUGGCAGCCGCACCGCUCUGGUGGUAAGUAGUUCGGAGGUUGCCAAGGAGUGCUACACCACCAAUGACUGGGCUAUUUCUUCACGUGCCCAAACUAUAGGCGCUGAAAUCUUGAGCUACAAUAAUGCCAUGCCAGGGUUUAGCCCUUACGGUGACUACUGGCGUGAGAUGCGCAAAAUAAUAGUCCAAGAGGUACUCUCAAACCGCAGGCUGGAGUUACUUAAACAUGUCCGAGAAUCUGAAAUAGAGCUGGCCGCAAAAGAGCUGUACAAGGUAUGGACCAAAAGAAAAGAUCAUUCAAAGGACAAUGGCUAUUCCGGACAACUUUUGGUGGAAUUGAAGCAGUGGCUCAGCGACUUAUCUCUAAACGUGAUGUUUCGUAUGGUUGCUGGAAAGAGAUACUUUAACCUCACGAAUAUUGGUAAUCUGAGUGAUGAGAAGGGCGAACGUCGAUGUUACAAGGCCUUGAGGAAUCUCUUCCGCUAUAUGGGGAUGUUUGUGUUGGGGGAUGCUUUUCCAUGGCUUAGGUUUUUGGAUUUUGGCGGGCAUGAGAAGGCUAUGAAAAAAAAUGCAAAAGAGCUUGAUGAUAUGGCUAUGGAUUGGUUGGAGGAGCACAAGCAGAAUAGAACUCAAGACGAUCGAGAUCAUCAAGAUUUCAUGGAUGUGAUGCUUUCAGUCCUCGACGGACAAGGUGUCUUGCAACAAGCACCCUUUGAUGUCGAUACCAUCAUGAGAGCAACCGUUGUGAAUUUGAUUGCUGGAGGCAGUGACACAACCUCUUUGCUCAUGGGAUUCACAGUCUCAUUUUUACUGACCAACCCCCAAGCUCUAAAGAAAGUCCGGAAAGAACUAGACGAGCAUGUUGGCAAAGGAAGACUAGUGAAUGAUUCAGAUAUCAACAAUCUCGUAUACCUGCAAGCCACUAUGAAAGAAGUGUUGCGUUUAACUUCAACAUUCCCAGGCUUUAGGGAAUUCACUGAUGACUGCACUGUAGGAGGCUACUAUGUUCCAAAGGGCACGUGGCUGCUAGUGAACCUGUGGAAGAUCCACACUGACCCGCGGGUUUGGGCCGACCCAACUAUGUUCAAGCCGGAGAGGUUUCUCACUAGCCAUAAGGAUGUUGACGUUAAGGGUCAGCAUUUUGAGCUUAUGCCUGUGGGUAGUGGUAGAAGAGUGUGCCCUGGCGUAAACUUUGGCCAGCAACUGUCGCUUUUGACCCUGGCGAGUUUUCUGCAUGCGUUUGAGAUUUCAGCUCCAGCGAAUGCAACAUUUGAUACGAGCGAAACCUUUGGAGUUUCCAACGUGAAAUCUACCCUACUUGAAGUCUUCAUCAAACCGCGUCUGCCUCCAAAUCUUUAUACAUAA